UAAUUUGCUAAUCCAACUUUUUCAACUAGCUACGGAGAUUCCCCACGCCCAUACAACCUUUGGAUUUCCCGCUACACCAUUGCAACUAACUUCAUCUACGCAAUCAUUACCCUUGGUAAAUCUCCAUUUGGACGACAUUCAUCAAUACUGUGGAAGCUUUUCAAACAAUCAAACAUACUUUCAACGUCCAAGCUUAGCAGGGAAUACGGCAAUCCCCUAAAGAUAUCCGACGAGAAUACACAGAAGACGGCAGAUCUAAGUUGGACGAGCAUUCAGGAAGAUAGGAUAUCUGUGAGUGGCAGAAGGAGUUGCAGUUGGCGAUCAUGUCGGAAUAUACUGUUGAAGUUACGUGUGGGAGUGGAAAUGAAUAUGAUGGACGAAUGGGUAUACGAAUAUCUUCCAUAUUCGUGAUUGGAUUUGGUUCCAUGAUGGGUGCUCUUCUACCAAUCGCUGCUGCAAGAACGAAAAGGAUGAGCGUUCCACCUUUGGCAUUCUUUAUCACUAAGUAUUUCGGAUCGGGUGUUAUUAUAGCUACCGCUUUCAUACAUUUACUUGCCCCCGCUUCGGCCAAUUUGACUUCCCCGUGUUUAGAAGGCACAAUCACAGAUUAUGAUUGGGCUGAAGGAAUUUGCCUUAUGACUAUUUUUAGCAUGUUCUUUAUUGAGCUCAUGGCGUCACGAUUUGAUGUGUUUGGACAAGAUGAUCAUGAUCUGGAAGCAGCCGAUCCUGCAAGGGAUCUUAUUAGACGAACUACCCGAGAUGAGAAAGUUGACGCAUUAAAAACAUCUUCGCCCUCAGAUGGUAACAGUUACAGAGAAACUGGCGAUAGCCCUCAAGCUUCCAACGCCGUACUAGAACAACAUGAUCACGAGAGCUCAAUUACCCGGAUACCGACAUCUGGAGAAGGACCAUCUAGAGGUAGAUCAAGUAUUCCAGGUCGGCCUGAUGAUUUAUCAUACCCUCCUGGAGGUGAGGAUCACCUCGGACAUCAACGAGAACACCAUGAAGAUGGUGAUCAUUUUGCUGCUCAAAUGACCGCACUAUUCAUUCUUGAAUUUGGUGUCAUAUUUCAUUCUAUUUUUAUCGGUCUCACACUUGCCGUCACAGGUGAUGAUUUUAACGUCCUUUACAUUGUCCUUGUUUUCCAUCAAACAUUUGAAGGACUUGGUCUUGGAGCUCGACUUGCCACGGCUCAUUGGCCUAAGAAGAAGGGAUGGAUGCCAUGGGCUCUGGGAGCAGCUUAUGGUUUCACAACACCUAUUGCAAUUGCUAUUGGCUUAGGUGUUCGUACAACAUUUGCCCCAGGUAGUCAAAAGACUAUGGUUAUCAAUGGUGUAUUCGAUUCCAUCAGUGCUGGAAUUCUCAUCUAUACAGGAUUGGUGGAAUUGAUGGCACAUGAAUUCAUGUUCAAUCAAGAAAUGCGUAAAAGUUCAAUGAAAAUGAUGCUAUUUGCUUUCGGAUGCAUGGUUGCAGGAGCAGGUUUAAUGGCGUUAUUAGGAAAGUGGGCUUGAAAGAACAUAUAUCUUUAUUAUAUUACAAGUCUUAAUCAUAUAGAUGGCUAUGGGUAUAGGUAUUUUCGGAGUAUGAGCUGAUCGGAGCUUAAGUGGGAUAAAGGCGGAUUGGCGUUGAAAAGAAAUGCUUUUUGGAGGAUUAUUUGUGUAUAUAUUACGAUGAAAUUAGCAUGGGUAUUGGAAUUGGUGGUUAUGAUAUGAGGACAGGAUGGUAUGGUUUGGUUUGGUAUGUUGUGAUGAAUGGAUUAAUGGAUCGAUGUUUAUCGAGGCGUCUAUUAUUUGAUGUUAGAAAUUAGAUGAGAUGGUAUAGAUGAACAA